AACUUUCUAAAAAGCCCCUUACCAACCUAAACUCAUCAUGCCUCCUAGAAGACAAAAUCCUCCUCGUCAAUGAGCUGUUCGGGACAUAGAAAUGGAAGAACUACGUCAACAAAUUCAAAGGCUUCAAGAAAGACUUGAAGCUUUUGAGGGACAACAAGCUCAACACCCGCAAGAUGAACCACACGAGUCAGAGGAAGAUACUGAUGACGAGAAUCCUUUCCAUCACCUAAGGGAUAAUGAAAGCUCAUCAUCAACAGAAAAAGUUCAUCGUCGACAACGUCCCCAACAAAAUGCUGCUCCCAAAUCCACUGACCUUGGCAUCAAAAUCGAUAUUCCAGAUUUUGAAGAUCGCCUUCAACCCGAUGAAUUUAUCGACUGGUUGCAAAUUGUGGAACGUGUGUUUGAACUCAAGGAUAUUCCUGAUGACAAGCGUGUGAAGCUCGUCGCCAUCAAAUUAAAGAAACAUGCAUCUAUUUGGUGGGAGAAUCUCAAACGCAGUCAAGAAAGAGAAGGCCACAGCAAAAUUAGAACUUGGGAGCAAAUGCGUUGGGAGCUCACUCCCUCCGACUGUCCAAAUAAGAGAGUUGUCACCAUUAUUGGAGGAGAAAUUCAUGAAGCCUCAGAAGAUGAAGCAGAAAAGGAGCAAAAUGAUGAAACUGAGUCACCCCAGCUUGAGGAAAAACUUAUCCCAGCUGACCAUGGAGAAUCUUUGGUUGUGCGUCGUAGUCUACAUGCUACCAUAACCAAGGAUGAAGAUUGGCUUCGACAACAUCUUUCACACCAGAUGCACUUCUCGAGGGAAAGUCUGCCUAUCAAAGAUCAUCCCCAUCCAUACAAGUUACAAUGGCUACAAAAGGGAAACGAGGUAAAAGUAACCAAACGUUGCCUUGUCUCUUUUUCUAUUAGUAACAGGUACCAAGACGAAGUAUGGUGUGAUGUUAUUCCUAUGGAUGCUUGUCACUUGUUACUUGGUCGCCCUUGGCAAUUUGACCGAAAGGCUAUCCAUGACGGCCAUGCCAACACCUACUCGUUUGUGAAUGAUGCCACUUGCCCUUUUCCAGAAGAAAUCCGAUCUCUCCUUGAAGAAUUUUCUGAUGUUGUUCUUGACGAGAUCCCUCCUAGAUUACCACCAAUGAGAGACAUUCAGCAUGCCAUUGAUUUCAUCCCAGGAUCUGUCAUCCCAAACAAGCCUGCUUAUCGGAUGAACCCUCAAGAGUAUGUGGAACUUCAACGACAAGUCAAAGAACUGAUGGAGAAAGGACUUGUCAAGAAAAGUUCGAGCAGUCAACAAAAUCACUAUCAAGUACCGCUUCCCAAUUCCACGCCUUGAUGAUAUGC